AUGGCCCCCUCUGCAACCGAGCCCAACGGCGUGCCAAGCCACACAAAUGGUAACUCGAAUGCGCAGACAAACGGUACUUCGAGCGCUGCCAGCGAGUUUACGUAUCCCGAGAUGGCCACUCCCUACCAGGUCCUGCCCCAGUACCACUCCAAGCCCACCAAGCUGAGGGUGGCUUGCAUCGGUGCUGGUGCGUCAGGACUAUGUCUCGCCUACAAGAUGGAGAAGAUGAUGGUGCCCGGCAGUUGGGAAUUGACUCUCUUUGAGAAGAACCCCGUGUUUGGCGGUACUUGGUACGAGAACACAUACCCUGGUGUGGCUUGCGAUAUCCCUUCGCCCCUCUACACCUUCUCCUGGGACCCCAAGCCUGACUGGUCCUACUACUACGCCUACGGCGACGAGAUCCAGAGGUACUUUGAAGACUUUGCCAAGCGCCACGGCUCCGAGAAGUACAUGAAGCUCAGCACCAAGGUCGUCGAGUGCCGCUGGGACGAGGAGAAGGGCAUCUACAACCUGACCCUGCAGGACCAGAACACGCAGGAGCUCUGGCACGACUGGUGCCACGUCCUCAUCAACGGCACGGGCAUCCUCAACACCUGGGUGUGGCCCGAGAUCGAGGGCCUGCACGACUUUGCCGGCCCCAAGAUGCACUCUGCCCACUGGGACCACUCGGUCGACUUUGAGGGCAAGACGGUGGGCGUCAUCGGCACCGGCAGCUCCAGCGUCCAGAUCGUCCCCGCCCUGCAGCCCAAGGUCAAGCACAUGAAGGUCUUUAUGCGCUCCCCGACCUGGAUCUCCCCGCCGUUCGGCGGCAACGCGCUGCUGGAGGAGGUGCACAAGAGCGACGACCAGCCCAGCCAGCGGCAGUACAAGUUCACCGACGAGGACAAGAAGAAGUUCGCCGAGGACCCGGCGCACUUCCUCGACUUCCGGCAGAAGAUCGAGGCCGAGAUCAACUCGCUCUUCGGCAUGUACCAGGCCGGGUCCGAGAUGAACAACAAGAUGCGCGAGCUCAUCACCGAGGAGAUGCACAAGCGCAUCGGCCCCGGCCACGAGAAGCUCAAGGAGUUCAUCGUGCCCAAGUGGGCGCCCGGCUGCCGCCGCAUCUCCCCCGGCGACGGCUACCUCGAGGCCCUGGUCAAGCCCAACGUCGAGACCGUGUUCGGCCCCAUCAAGAUGAUCGUGCCCGAGGGCAUCGUCACCGAGGACGGCGAGCUGCACAAGUUUGACGUCCUCGUCUGCGCCACCGGCUUCAAGGUCGCCUUCCGCCCGGCCUUCAAGAUCUACAACGGCGAGGGCAAGUCGCUGGACGAGGACUGGGGCGACAAGGUCAACCUGUACCUGGGCGUCUCGGCUCCUCGCUUCCCCAACUACUACACCAUCGUCGGUCCCGGUGCCACCUGGUCGUCGGGCACUCUGCUGCCGUCCAUCGAGACCACGAUCGAGUACUCUGUCAAGAUGAUGAUGAAGAUCCAGCACGAGAACAUCCGCUCCAUCGACGUCAAGCAGGAGGCCCUGGACGACAUCUACGCCCACUUUGACGCCUUCCACAAGAACACCGUCUUUGGCGACGAGUGCCGGAGUUGGUUCAAGGACGGCAAGAUCAAGAACAGGAUCUACCUGUGGCCCGGUCCGACCAUCCACUUCCUCAAGACGAUCAAGGACCCCCGGUUCGAGGACUACAACAUUCGGUACCGCUACGGCAACCGCUUCGCCUAUCUUGGUAACGGCGACGUCAAGGCCUUGAUCGAGAAGGACUACAAGGGCCUGGCGCCGUACGUGCGCAACUCGGACCACGACUGGAGCGUCGCGUAA